AUGAGUUGGAACAUCUUCCGCUAUAUUGCCGACACGUCUCAUCUGGCCUCAAUAUGCAUUCUUAUAUGGGCCAUACACAGAAAUAAAAGUGCUGAGGGCAUUUCGCUCUUAACACAGAUGCUUUAUGGGCUUGUGUUCGUGGCUCGCUAUUUGGAUUUAUUCUCGAGCUACUCAUGGAGCUUUGGCAUUGAGGGCUCAGUUUACAACCUGAGCUUCAAGCUAUUUUACCUGGCAUCCUCCCUCUAUCUCGUAUUCAUCAUGAUGAAGGUGUUUCCUCGAACUCAAGAAAAAGAACGUGCAUGGAAGCUUGGAAUCUACUCGAUCGUUGGAUCAUUGGUGCUGGCGCCUGUUAUGAUUCUUAUUUUCGAGCGGAAGAAACACCCCGGGAACUGGUUCCUGGAGAUAUUCUGGGUAUUCUCUAUUGCUCUCGAAUCAGUCUGCGUGCUGCCACAGCUGCUACUUCUACGUCAAACCACCGUUCCUACCGUGAUCAAUUCAUACUAUCUUGCCGCCUUGGGGUCUUACCGAGCAUUCUACAUUCUAAACUGGCUUGUUCGUGGCUUCGGUAGCGAGCACCAUUGGGACCCUAUAGCAUUCAUUUUCGCCGUCGUUCAAACCGCGUUCUAUAUUGAUUUUGCUUGGGUGUACUACUCACGACAGAGAGUGAAACUGCGCAAUGGUGGGAUUGUCGAUUCGGACGACCUCCGCAAAAGCUGGUUGAUGAAACGUGUGUUCAAUAUGCGAGGUGUGCGCGGCUCUAACGAUGAAGAGCAGGGUCUCAAUGAAGACGGAGAAGGCGAUGACAACCGACCGAACAGCAAUCGUUGGGGUGCCCGUGGAGUCUCCAUCGCUGCAGAUGACACGUUGGAUCAUCAUCAUGGACACGAGGAAGAUGAGGACAACUUUGAGGGUGUUCUUGGAGAUGAAGAUUCCGAUGCGGAAGAUAUAUCUAAUCAGCGUCAUCAUUAA